AUGUUGCAUCUGUGUCUUCUUCACGGCCCCUUGACGCUACCAUCUGAAAGACCAUCUACUGGCUGCGCACACCAGGAAACAGAGAUGAGAAUUGGUCCCCAGCUGGUGGAAAAGAACAGGGGAUGGAGGCCAGGAGAUGGGGGUGCUUCCCCUUCCCCCUUUUCCCCAGCCCUGUCCUUCUUCCUCCUCCUGCCACUGGCCAGUGCCCUACAGCCCACUCCACUGCCCUUUCCAGAGCUGAGGCUGGUGGGGGGCCCGAGCCGCUGCCGGGGGCGCCUGGAGGUCCUGCAUGGUGGCUCCUGGGGCAGCGUCUGUGAUGAUGACUGGGACGUGGUGGAUGCCAAUGUAGUGUGUCGCCAGCUGGGCUGUGGCCUGGCGCUGCCUGUGCCCCGGCCCCUAACCUUUGGUCAGGGCCGGGGACCCAUCUUACUGGACAACGUGGAGUGCCGUGGGCAGGAAGCUGCUCUGAGUGAGUGUGGCAGCCGGGGCUGGGGCGUCCACAACUGCUUUCACUACGAGGAUGUGGCUGUCCUGUGCAAUGAGUUCUUGCCCACACAAGCCCCAACAAGGAAGCUGUUAACGAGUAGGGCUCUUCCCACCACCUCUCAAAAUGGAAAAGGUGAGGGCAGCGUGCGCCUGGUGGGGGGCGCGGACCCAUGCCAGGGCCGAGUGGAGAUCCUGCACAGCGGCCUCUGGGGCACUGUGUGUGACGACGACUGGGGGCUGCCGGACGCCGCAGUGGUCUGCCGCCAGUUGGGCUGCGGGGAGGCCCUGGGCGCCACCACCAACGCCUUCUUCGGCUACGGCACUGGUCACAUCAUGCUGGACAACGUGCAUUGCGAAGGAGGCGAGUCGCGCCUAGCAACCUGCUUGAGCCUUGGCUGGGGCGUGCACAAUUGCGGGCACCACGAGGACGCAGGCGUGCUCUGCGCAGUACUGGGCCCCACUCCACUCACAGGACUGCCACCCUCGGCCACAAGCAAGGACUGGGUCUGGCACACAGAGCCAUUGGCUACCGGAGCUGGUGCGCAGCCUUCCGGGGAGACCGCAGUGUUGACCACAAGCGCCUGGGCCGCGGACAAGAAAAGCGGCCGGCUGCGGCUGGUGGGCGGCCCGGGCCCGUGCCGUGGCCGCGUGGAGGUGUUGCACGCCGGGGGCUGGGGCACCGUGUGCGACGAUGACUGGGACUUCGCGGACGCGCGCGUGGCCUGCCGCGAGGCGGGUUGUGGGCCCGCGCUGGGCGCCACGGGUCUUGGCCACUUCGGCUAUGGCCGCGGCCCGGUGCUGCUGGACAACGUGGGCUGCGCUGGCACUGAGGCCCGCCUGAGCGACUGCUUCCACCUGGGCUGGGGCCAGCACAACUGCGGCCAUCACGAGGACGCCGGCGCACUCUGCGCAGGCCCAGAGGAUCUGGGACUACAAGUCCAGCAGGAUGGUUCUGAGACCACCCAUGUGCCCACGCCUCGGCCCAGGGACGGGCAUCUCCGCCUGGUCAGCGGAGCCCAUCGAUGUGAGGGACGUGUUGAGCUCUUCCUAGGGCAGAGGUGGGGCACCGUCUGCGAUGAUGCCUGGGAUCUUCGGGCAGCCCGUGUCCUGUGUCGCCAGCUGGGCUGUGGCCAGGCCCUAGCCGCCCCUGGUGAGGCCCACUUUGGCCCAGGCAGAGGCCCUAUCCUCCUGGACAAUGUCAAGUGUCAUGGGGAUGAGAGUGCCCUGCUACUCUGCUCUCAUAUCCGCUGGGAUGCCCACAACUGUGACCACAGCGAGGAUGCCAGUGUCCUGUGCCGGCUGUCCUAA